CACACACUCAUCACCAGAUCACACCACACCUUGGCUUUGGCUUUGCCUUGGAUCUUUCAAGCCCAUUUCUUGUUUCGUGUUCAGCUCAUAAUUUGUUUCCCAACGAAGGUUGGAGCUGGUCUCCCCCUGGCCUGUCUGUUCCGUUCCAUGUAGCUGGUGCAUGACAUAGUACAAUUACUACAUGACAUGUUUUGUUAUGGUCGACUAGCUAGAUAGGGUCUUGCGAAUUCGUAACUGAUCUUGUGUUCAAGAUGAGGUUUGGCGAGCAGCUUCAGAUGCACGUCACUCCGGAAUGGAGGAAACAGUAUAUCAAUUAUACGAAACUCAAGGACAUUCUCUACUCGAUACCAACGGAUGAGCUCAUCGGUGAAGGAUAUGAGUCUAGGGAGCGUCGUGCAGCCGUGCAGGCAACCUUUAUGGAGCUCAUUCAGAAAGAGCUACGAAAAGUCGACCAGUUUUUCAUGGCCCGCGAAUCUGAUGCAUUGAUCAAGUUCGAUGAGCUGUCGUCAGACCUCAACUUGACACUCUAUGCUCGCAGCAACCCGCCGCUGGGCCGUGUCACCGCCCCCGCAGCACUGACUACGGGCAAUCGUGUGCGCUCUCGUAGCCGGGUUGCCUUGUUCAAGUCAGCCGAUGCCGCUUCUCAAGCCCAGGACAAGAGCCUGGCUAGUCUGCGUGAUGCCUUCAGCGAGUACUACCUUAGUCUCAUCCUGCUGCAGAACUUUGAGAAAGUCAACUCGGAAGGCUUUCGUAAGAUCUGCAAGAAACAUGAUAAGAUGCUCUCCGUGACGACCGGUAUGGACUUCUACAAGGAGAAGGUGCUGAAGUCUCACUACCAUGUAUCCGAGUCUACUGGCAAUCUUAUCCUUCAGACGGAGAACGCUGUCAUUGAGCGACUAGAGGACGGCAACAGACAGAAAGCAAUGAACAAGCUAAGAGUGCCACCGCUUGAUGCUCGGGUUGAGUCGUCUGACUUGUUCCGACUAGGACUGUGGCUGGGCAUGCUAUUCAUGGCUCUACUUGCAUUGAUUUUAGGAGGUGUAUAUAUUGACAUUAGUAAGAUAGAUCGAGCAACAGAAGUGUUGCGCUUGUUUCGCUUUGGAUUUAUCAUCCUACUGAUGGUAUUCCUGAUCGGCGUCAACUUCUACUAUUUCCGGCGGGCAGGCGUCAACCACGUGCUCAUAUUUGAAGUCAACCCGCGUGAUAACCUAGCCGGCUUGAAGAUAAUGGAAAUUUCGUCCAUGUUAGCUACGCUGUGGAUCUUCUGUGUCCUCUUCUACAUGUAUCUUGACCUCGCUGACGUGCCUAUCAGGUCUAGACUCGGUAUUCCCAUAGCCGCCGCAGUAUUCCUCGUAGUUUACCUGCUCAAUCCACUGCCUAUCUUCCAUUACUCGGCGCGUCGGUGGCUGCUGCGGAGACUGGCACGCAUAGCCACGGCACCUUAUUUCAGCGUGGAGUUUGCUGAUUUCUGGCUGGCCGAUCAACUGAACAGUGUGGCGGUUAGCUUUGGUGACUUGGAGUAUCUCGUGUGCUUCUACAUCUUCGACUGGAACCGCGACCCGUUCAUUGAACACAACCACAAGUGUGGAGUGGUUACUUAUGGACUCAGACCAAUAAUUCUCGCUCUGCCGGCGUGGUUCCGUUUCGCACAAUGUCUCAGACGCUACUACACUACAAAGGACGGAGACCCACAUCUUAUUAACGCCGGAAAGUACUCCACGACCUUUGUCGUUGUCCUCUUCUCGUCCCUUGUCAGUUGGGAAAAAGGUAUGAACAACGGUGACCAGCAGUACUCCUAUUUGUUUGUCUUGUGGGUGCUGAGUGCUCUGGUUAGCACUACCUACACCUCCUACUGGGACCUAUUCAGAGAUUGGGGCCUCAUGAACAGGAAUUGCCAGCAUCGCUUCCUGCGCCAGGAGCUGGUCUACAGCCGCAGGUGGUGCUAUUAUGUAGCCAUGGUGGGUGAUGUAGUCAUGCGCUUGUUGUGGACACUGACCGUUUCUAUCGGGGAAGGUGGCCUGAUUCACUCCGAGCUCCUCAAGACCGUCCUGUCCGUUAUCGAGGUGUUUCGGCGAUUUGUCUGGAACUUCUUUCGUCUGGAGAACGAGCACUUGAACAACGUGGGUCAGUUCCGCGCAGUGCGUGACAUUUCCAUUGUCCCGCUGCCACAGACCCGCACCAGCAGUGAGCCGAAUCAGAUGGCAGCCGAGCGGGCGACCACCGUGGACGAGGUGGACGCCGGGGACGACGACGAGAAUGACGACUUUGAGAUGCAGAACUCGGGCGGCGACCAAUCCUCUGUGCACGCGUGCGCCUCGCUGUCGUCGCUACGUUCCCACCCGAUCCCGAUGGCCACCGUCUCGGAGUCACAGGCAGCGGAAACGUUUCAACUGACGGGACGAGAGCAGCUCGUGUCUCAGCGGUCGGAUCGGCGACGGAUGGAGUUUCACACCAGUGUGUAAUGAUUCGCCGUUGUCAUUUGUGUCCAUGCGGCAAUGCUUUGAACUUGAGCCCUGGCUGCUCUCUCUCUGUUUUCCUCCUGUCUUGUUAUCAUGUCUAGAAUCCUGUAAGCUGUCUGCGCUUU